AUAUGGAUCUUUGGCGAUGGUCGCGUGGGUGUAUUUUUGUAGUUGAUCAUGUUUGGAGUUUGCGUGUUUUUGUACAGUAUAAUUAAAUUUUAAAACAUGAUACACAGGCUUCUCUCCAGUAUUUAACGUAGUUUGUACAUGUGUCCAUACCAUGAGGUAGUUUCGUAAAUUACUGCAUAAACUGUCCGUAAUCUGACAAAUGUCAGAGAGGUUAACGUGUGAUAAUGCGAUAGUGAGUGCCGAAUGUAUAAUGACAUUGCAGUUAAAACAUGAACUGAUUAUUAAAUGAAAACGGAAUAACAUGUUAAUACUGAAGUUAUGUGUUUUGAAUAAGUCCGAGAGACCUAUAAAUUAUGCACACUACCUCGUGUAUGACACAGAGCUGUUUAAAACAAUGAUCACUGAUCUUAAUCACAAAAAUGUACUGUAGAUAAAAGUUAGUCACCUUAUGUAGUUGUAAACAACUCAAGAAACAGCAGACAUGGAUAAAAUUCAAUUAUGUGAAAGCUUGAUGAAGUGGCUACAAACCUUCGAUGUUGACGCACCACAUUCAACAGUGGAAGAAGUCAGUGAUGGUGUUGCAAUGGCUCAAGCAUUGGCACAGAUUGCACCUGAAUGGUUUACUGAGUCAUGGCUGUCAAAGAUCAAAACAGAUGCCGGUAGUAAUUGGCGACUUAAGGUCAGCAACUUGAAGAAAGUAAUUGAAGGCAUAGUGGAUUACUAUCAUGAUGUUCUUAAUCAACACCUUAGUGAUUUCAACAAGCCUGAUGUUGUCAGAAUUGGAGAAAAAUGUGAUGCUGCAGAGCUGGGGCGCUUGUUGCAGCUUAUUUUGGGAUGUGCAGUUAACUGCAACCAGAAGCAAGAAUAUAUAACCAAGAUAAUGAUGUUGGAGGAAUCAGUGCAACAGGUAAUAAUGCAGUCCAUUCAAGAGCUUGAGUCUGCUAGCCAGGCAAGUUUUGGUCCCGUUGCUGGAGUUGAACUAGAAGCAGAAGCUCAAAGGCUAGCUAUAGCUCUAGAGGUGGCUGCUGAGGCUCGUGAGCAAAUGGCUCAAAGGUGCCAUGAACUUGACAUGCAGGUUACAUUACUGCAAGAGGAAAAAGCAAGUGUAUUAAAUGAAAACAAAAGGUUACAUGAGAGGUUGCGAGAGUUUGAGAUGUUAGAAGGCCCCAUGGCCGCUUCAGGUCACAAGUGCAAAGAAUUGCGUAAACAGGUUGAUGCCCUGAAGGAAGAAAUAUUUAAGUUGGAAACAUCACGAGAUGAUUUUAGAGCAAAAGUAGAAUUGCAAGAAAAAGAGCAUCUUGAGAUGCAAGCAAAGAUUGAAGACUUGCAGAAAAUGGCUGAUGAAGCACAACACCUGAAAGAUGAAGUUGACAUCUUGCGAGAAACAGCAGAUAUGGUUGGAAAAUAUGAAGCUACAAUAGAGUCAUAUAAGAAACGAUUGGAGGAAGUUGGUGAUCUUAGGAGACAAAUCAAAAUCCUUGAAGAAAAGAAUACUGACUACAUGCAGCAGAAUAUGGAGCUAGAGGAGGAGUUGAGGAAAAGUGGAACACUGAAGCAGCAGUUAGAAAUGUAUAAGAAACAAGUAGCAGAAUUAGAUGAAAAAUUAAUUGAGGAAACAAAAAGAGCCGAUAGAGUUGAAUUUGAAAGUAAAAAACUUCAAGAACGACUGCAUGCCCUCCAGAGAGAAAAUCAGAGGCUAAUCAUUGAGCGUGAUUCCCUGAAAGAGACAAAUGAGGAACUGAAGUGUUCACAACUGCAGCAGCGUGGAAACUGUACACCAGAUACUCUUCUAGUUGAAACUGUGCCUGAAAACAUGAUAGCUCCUGAAAUUAAGGAAAAACUUCUGAGGCUGCAGCAUGAAAACAAGAUGCUGAAACUGAAUCAGAGAGGUGAUGAUGAUGAAAAAUUAUCAGUUGUGCAGGCAAUGCUUGAGGAUACGACAAAAAGAGUUUCACAGCUCCGAGCAGAUAAUAGACUUGCAAACCAACGUAUUAUGGAGCUAGAAAGUCAACUUGAGGAGGCACAUGAGCGUGAUGACAGUGGUGGAACUGGUUUACGGCACUGUGUCACCACACUCCAGGAACAACUCAGAGUCAUUCAGUCUGAGAAGGAACGAUUGGCAUCACAGCUUGAAGACCUUGAAUCUUCAAUUAAUGAGUACAAACGAAGGGAUGCAACAUUACAGGAUACAUUGCGCCGUAAAGAUCAGGAACUUCAGCAGCAGAAUGAAAGGUAUCGAAAAUAUGUAGAAAAAGCAAAAGAUGUCAUUAAGAUAAUGGAUCCAAAGCAGAGUGUAGACGCCACAGCUGAAGUUGCAGUUCUCCGUAGCCAGCUCCAAGACAAGGAAAAGAUCAUUGAGGACCUGGAGGAAGAAAAAGAACAAAAUAAAGUUUGCCAUGAAUUGGAGGAGAGACUUAUGACAUCAGCAUUUUAUAAACUUAGUUUGACUCUCCAAAGUGCAGCUGUAGACCACAGAAUUGCAGCCCUCAGUUCUGGACAGGGGCAAUCAUUCCUUGCCAGACAACGGCAAGCUAGCGGUCGGGGUGUUGUGCACAGCCUGGAGUCUCGCUGACUUUGAGCCAUGCCAUGUCAAAAAUAGGGUUGUGGUGGUCCUGAAUGUAAAAUAGUCGGAGUAACUUGUGGACAAGCUGUAGAAAUUAUGAAGUUGUUAACCUGCUUUUGAAGCAACUUGUUUUCUUUUCAAAUAUCGUCCUUCAUUCUUGAUUAUUUAUUUAAUAAGAAUCUAAAGCAGACUAGAUUUGUUACAGAGAUACAUGUCCAAAAUUCAACUUUUCUAUCUUUAUGGACAAAGCUUAUGAAAUUUCUUUAAGUCUUACCAGAAAUUGGGAUUAUUUAUGCUGAUGUGAUUCCUGUUAUUUUUUGUUAUAGUUUUAAAUCUGAAGUCAUAUUGUAUUCCAAAGAGAUUCGUGUUAAUACCUUAUGAGCAUUGUUUGCCUUCGAAGGACCAACUUUAUACUGAUGGUUUCUUUUUACUCUGUGAUAAAAGGUUUGGUUAUUGUGUUCAUGAAAUUUAUAAGGAACAAGUCAUAUAUGUGUGAAAAAUUGAUUAUUUUGAUAAUGUACAAAAUGUUUUAUGAAUUUGUAAUAUGUAUUUUAAUAGCCUAGUCACUCCACAAAAAGUGGAGAGUGUGACUUAUAAUGGAAGGCUGUUACUUCCGAUGUGCUUUGCUUUUUAUACUUAAUUGCUGAUUUCACAAAAUGUGGAAAAGGUGACUUAACAUUGGAUGAAUGUCACUGACAAGACACCAUGUUUUUUAUACUUAAUAACGUUACUCUCAUUAAGGCCAGUUUUUUAACAGACAUGCUCCUUCAUACAGUGCUGAAGAUGUGAAGAACAUGUACCCUGGUGUGUGGUUUCUUUGUGUGUGUGUGUGUGUGUGUGUGUGUGUGUGUGUGUGUGUGUGUGAGAGAGAGAGAGAGAGAGAGAGAGAGAGAGAGAGAGAGAGAGAGGGAGAGAGGGAGGGGGGGGGGGCCUUCUUUACAUGUAGUUCUUGGACAAUCAUUUUAACGCUGGGAAUUUGUGCUAACCUAUUGAAGUUGGGGGAUUGAAUAAAACAGUGUGAAUCAUAAGUUGUGAAAAUGUGAACAUUGAUGUCUCUUCUCAGAGGUUUCUGAAGAAGGAAAAGUUGAGAUAAAGGUUUACUUGUUGUUAUAUGUACUAUAGUGUGGUAUUACUGUGUAUGGAUGGAAGUUCAUGCGAGGCAUGUAGUAAUCUUAGAAAAUGGGAGUAGAGAGAAAUACACAUACACCAAGAAUAAGCAAUACCAAAUACAUUGGAAAGUACAAUAAGGGGGCCAAUAAAGAUGUAACACCAUGGGAGACCUAUGAACAAAUUUUGAAGAAGUUGGUCAAAAUGCUAGUUUAGUUGAUGUAAAGAAAUAUAGCCUGUAGAACGAUAUAAACAUUGUUUGAGAUGCCAUAUUAGUAUGGCAAUAGGAAAAUAUAUGGUAUGAAAUAAAAUUUUACCAGUCUUAUUAUGAGAACAACGAGUCUACCCCUCUUUUCACCUUCAGAGGAAAGUGGUAUAGGCCUACACUUGAUAAUUCCACCCUUCCCCUGUCUUUAUUUCUGAUGCCAUACACAUGUUAUUGUUUUAUUUUUUCUUUAAAUUUGUUGUUUGCAUAUAAUGCACUCAAAUUUUUCUGGUGUCGUAUCACAUCAUGGCUGUUGUGAGAUAAUUUUAAUUUGAUUGAGAUGCACCAAUGAUUUACAUAUGUUAUGAUUAACUGAUGUUGCCAUUCUUCAUACAUUCUCAUGUAUGAAAUAUUUAAAGUACUGAGGAUGAUUUUCUGUACAAUAUGUGACAAAAUCCAAUCAAAAUAUGAUUUACAGUUAAAGAGUGAACCAUAUUAUUUGAUUUAUUUAAUGUAGAUUCAUUCAUGUAUGUCCAUUGUUCAAUAUGAUAAAGGAAUUGCUUACGGCUUUGAUUAAAGAACAGUGCUGGCAUUUGUGUGAAGGAGCCAUUUAGAGAAACUGGCUGUUGAUACAAGGUAGAAAGUAUGAUCUGUUUCUGUGUAUUCUGUAGACUAUCUCUGUUACUCCAGCUGUUGUGUUGUUUUGCAGACUUAAUUACUGGAUGUAGGCUGCUUUAAAAUGUUUAGCAUUUAAAAAAUAAUUUUUGCUUGAUUGCAGUAGACAUUGUGCUGCCUGUUUUCGAAGAAAAUUGGUGAUCUAUUUUUGACAGUGUGUAUCACUUUUUAAGUACAUUUUAUUUUUGAAAACUGACAAUAUCAUUGCAAAAUUUGCAUUGUUGAGUUGAUUUAUUUUUUUAUGAUGUUUCUUGUAUUCUGUAUGUCAAGAAGGAACCCAGAGUGAUUUUAAAGAAAUUAUAAAACAAUAUUGACAUUAUCAAGGAACAAUUUGUGUUGCAGUCUUUAGCUUUAAUGUCUCGAAGCCUUUAGCUUUAAUGUCUCGAAGCCUUCAGUAUGACAUGGGAGAAUACUUUCUUCUAAAUAUUAUGCUGACUCGUGUUCACAGUCAUGUAAAUUAAGAUACAUUCCUUGAACUCUGCUGUUAAAUCUGAUAGUAGAGGUGGGAAAUGUGGCUAUGUGGUGUUUUACUAAACAGUGUCUCAUGGCACGGAAUUGUUCCACACUUUGGAAUGCACACAGUCUUUCACAGUGUCAGAUAAAAAUUCUUUGUAGAGAUCAGCGAUCAUUAUAGAUGUUCAGUCCGAAUUGCAGUUUACUUAAUUACCUUGUAAAUAAUGUAUUUGAGUUAACAUCCAUCAUCAAAAUCUGUAAUAACAAAGAGAAAAUUAAAAUAUUGAGCAUAUACCUAAUCACAAUAUAAUGACUACAUAUAUGAAAAGUUAUACUUAACUAGAAAUAAAUAAAAUAGAUAUGGUACAAUGGAUCAUAUCAUGAUUAUUGUGGUGUUUUUAAGUAGGGGAACCUAAGGUGGUUUGGCCCACUUUUUAAAAUGUAUGUUGUAACCCCCUGAAUAUUUACAGUACCUACCUGGUUUAUAAAAGCGUUCUCCAUCUUGUAAAAAUAACUUUAGAUCAGUUUUGUCUAAUGGCUAAAAUAUGGGUCAAAGUUCCCUGACUAUGGGAGGCCUCCGUGAUGGUAAAUGUAUUAAUUAUGUCACGCAAAACCGUUGAAUAUAAAACAUACCUGUGUAUAGUUCUAAUGUACAUCCAUUGCUGAAAAUGUGACAGGAAACAUUAUCUUAGAGGCAUUAUGAUGCAUUCCCCAAAUUAAAAUUGGGUUGGGUAAUUUUCUAGCAACUCUUAAAAUACCUACACGAGCUUCAUCAAUGCUAGGAAAAUGAAAAUAGUAUGAUUUGGGUGCUACUCUUCUCAAAAACUUACUUUGCUUUCACUGCCGUUUAUAAAUUUUAAUACAUGAAAGCAUCCCUCUCUUUUUCUCACAUCAAAUUUCACAAGAACAUAGUCCUCCAAUGAAGUCUGGAAACUCUUGGAAAUCCUCAUCAUCUUCUUAUGUUAGGAGAGUUCGUUUCACUGUUUUUGCAACACUUUUCUUAUUUCUUUUACUUAGCCUUUCAGCAUACUCCUCUUCAGUGACUUUUAUGAUGGGUGUGUCAGUCAUAAUUCUACUGAAACAUCUUUUCUACCAACUUCAGUGUUAUUUCUUGGACAUGCUCUUGGAAAUGGUCUGACUCCCUAUAAAGAUAAGUAGACUAUUUUCUCAGUAAUAUGACGAGGUUUCUGCAGCAGUCUGGCUACAUUUCCCAUGAGUUUCAAGAAAAGCUUUAGAUACAGAAACUGCUGUGUGGCCUUGCAAAGGUGUAAACAUAACUGCAUUAUUCUCUAUGGAAGUGGAUGCUACUGCAGUGUCCUCCAUAGAAGUAGAUGGUCCUCCAUAGAAGUGGCUGCUGUCGGAAGCCCCUUGUAGAAAUGAGUGCAUUUGCAUGAACAUCCUUACAAGUUAAUGUGGCUGCUACCUUUUCUGUAGAAGGGGAGUCUGCAUCCACAUAUGAUUUAUCUAUAACAUAUGACUCUAAAAAAAUCAUCUCAGUAAAAAUGUUGGUGUUAAAUGGCCCAAAUACUAGUGCAGGCAAAACCUUUGUGGAUAUUAACUGUGUUAAAUGCAUGAGGAAACUCCAUUCCAACCAAGUUGGGAAUUUUAUAUGUAGAGAUUGUCUCCCCAAGAUGAGUGAUCAUAUAGUCAUCAACCACUUUAUAAUAAAAGAUCUUAAAAUGACCGAAUAUAGCCCUGAAGGGUGCAAUCUGUGAUUAGUACGAGGUGGUAGAGUCAGUAGUGUUAUUCCAUUAUCCUUGACAAUCAUUAGAACUUUUAGAGUGAUGUGUGAGGCAUCAUUGUCAAGUGUAAUUACUGUUGGUUGAUCAAUGGAUGUUUUACAGCAUUUGAUGAAGUGAGUAAGAAAAUUCUUAAAAUUCUUGCCAGUCAUCCACCCUCUGUCAUGACACCAGAACUCCGAUCCUGGAGGAAGACCAAGUUUAUUGUUAAAAGUGGGUGCUCUUCCAGUGCUUGUAGGUUGUGGAGUUCAUAGAGAUAGUUUCUUGUUCCAUAGCAUGAAUCCAAGGAGACAAGCAUAACUUGUUGCUUUUUAAUCUUUUGAUUGUCUGGGUAGCAGAAAUUGUGAGUAGCUUGGUGAAGGGCAGCAGCAAAUUCAUAAACAAAAUUUCUAGCUUGAAUUGUUGUUAAACCAUAAUUUAACUUACUGACCUGAAUCACAUAAUUUAUCAGAUCAGCUUCCUGGCUCAUUGCAAAUAUUUGAUUAGAUACAUGGUUUGCUUUAAUGGGAGUUUCCUUGCACAUCUUUCUUUCUCAGCAUAUCUUUCCAAUGUUUUUCUGUCCAUAUUGAAAUCUUUUGCAGCCUUUCUGAUACUUUCACUAUUUUCAGUACCUGCACAAUCACAUCUUUCAUUCCUUCAGAGAAUCUCUCUUACUGGCAUUUUUGCUAGCAUUCCAAAUAAGGACAUGCUGAAGAAAAGAAACAGAAUAUCAUUAAAAAUGCAGUAAAAUGAAACUGAUUGUUGGAUACACAAGCCUGACAUAAUAUCUCAAGAAAACUGCAGUAUAAGCAAUAAAGAUUUUGAAAUAUUUACAAAAUUAUUAUAUAAAACUAAAGAGAAAUAACUGAUAAAUAAAUUGCAUUUAAUUCCAUCCUGAUUAAAAUAUUAGUUUGACUUACCUAGAGGCCUUCAAGUGAAAUGAGAAAUAUUGAGUUUGUUCACAGUAAACAAAUAAACAUUAGCUGUUGCUGUACUAUUUCACAAAAUCACUUCUCUUUGCAUAUGAUUAUUUUCGAAGGUAAUUUACCACUAGACAGUACCACAUUUCUCUGCUCCAAAGAUGAUAAAACCAGGAAUGGUCAAACCUCCCUACCUUACCCUACUAAUCCUGACAACAUACGUUGAAUUUCUUCUGUUAUGUGAGACUUUCCUUAUAUGUGAUCAUUAUACUGUGAUUAGGUGUAUAUUGCUCAUUGUAACUUGCACUUUAUCACAUAUUCUGAUGAUGACAUUAGCAGAAAUAUGUUAGUUGUACAAGUGAAUUCAGUAAAUUGCUCUCUAGCCUGAGUACUGAUUAUAAGUAAAUAUGCAGUUUAAUUCGUGUAGUUGUUUUCAGUAGGUAUAAUAUAUCACUGUUUAUAGAACAUUCCAUUGAGAGCCUCCCCUUCAGGCUACUACUUUUACAAUCAAAGGAUGUGAUCUGUAUCUUAGUAAUCAUCUUCUGCCUUAUGUUGGUUUUGAUGUAUUUUGACUUAUCCACUGCCUUAGUUUGUAAUUAACUGUGUCCAGACGUCUUGAUUUAGAAUUUUUGAGCUUUUCUAAAAUGGCUUUAGUCAGUUGCCAGGAUAACUCCUUCAACAGGCCACAGUCAAUUUCUUCCUUCUUCUUCUUCCUCUUCUUCUUCUUCUUCUUCUUCUUCUUCUUCUCCUUCAUUUUUCUUCCAAUCAAGAUAAUGCUCCUUUUCUAAUGAUGUGGAGCUGCUUAAAUUUUAAUCGAGGAAAGACAUCUCUUAGUGAUCUUCAUCCUUCAUACAUUUUGAUUUAUUUAUUUGUCUAUUUUGUUUCUUUUUAUGGGAUGAGGUCAGGUAGUUGUAGAAACUCCAAUUCUUUUCAGUUAUAUAUUAGUAAGGUUGGAGUGGGGACAAGACAGUUUCCAGAGAAAAAUAUGUGGGAGGAGAUUUCCAGUUUCAGCAUUUGGGGUUGGAUAUUAAAUAAUUUAUUUUUGAAACCUUUCACAGACAGUGCACUAACUGACUGACUUAUGCAAGUAUGGUUCAUGAUGUUUAUUCACAGCUUCACUUCUGAAAGUACCUCUCUCUUACUUUCAUCAAACAAGAUGGUACAGUGUUAAGACACUGACUCACAUUUGGGAAGAUGAUGGUUCAAAUUCUCAUCUUGCCAUCCAGAUCUGGAGUGUUGGUUUACUUAAAUUGCUUAAGGCAAAUGCCAGCAUGACUCCCCAACUCAAGCUUUGCUCCAUUUGUAAUGCUUUUGGUGUAAACGGGGUGUUAAACCUUAAUUUUCCUCACUGCCUUCUUUCACCCACUUUUCAGACAUCACAGAAGCUCUCCUGCAUACUUUGCUGGACUAGUUCACGCAAACGAAAGGAUACUGUGGAAAAGUGGCCUACCCACAGCACAGGGGAUUGCAUCUAGAAUGAUCAUUCACUUUGCAGUGGAGUGUACACUGUUUUCAAACAUUGUGGCAGGACAAAACUAUGUGCUGGAUCAGUGGUUGAAUCUGGAAUUUUUUCAGUUUUGUGGUAGUGCAAAUGAAAGGUUCAUUCUGAAAAUACUGUCCUCACCAAAAAUAUUUAGGCAAAGUGUGGUACAGGUGUCUGUUUUUCCAUGUGUAAAGGAGGUAGGUCAAUAACUUAAACAACAUUUAGUAGUAUGAAACUUUCUGGCAGAUCAAACCUGUAUGCUGGACUGAGACUCGAACUCGGGACAUUUGUCUUUCGUGGGCAAGUGCUGUACCAUCUGAGCUACCCAAUCACGACUCACAACCUGUCCUCACAGCUCUAAUUCCACCAGUACCUCCUCCCCUUAGUGGUAUCUUUGGAUCAUAGAUGAGAUUAUUCUCACCAUUUGUAUAUUGUUCUGGUACCAAAUUGGUCGUCACUGUAAGUUUUGUGCAACAGCUGAAAGUUGCUAGCUUCACACCCAUCCCUCCUCAAACCAAAAGUUGCCCACAGUGUUUUAUUACUUUGCUUCAUUGUUCUCAUAGAGAGACUCGAGAACAAUUACUACUACUCCUCUGGUGAAGCUUAGCUGGAACAGAAAAAAUAUCUGUCACUGUGCACAAUCACUCAGUAGUGACUACAAAACAAAAAUCAUUCUGGGAACUUUCUCUACAUACCAUGUAUUGUGGCUUGUUUUUGUUGUGCAAUAUUCUGCUUUUUUUGUAUUUGAUUCAAGAUACUUAUUGUAUUAUUGUAAUAUAUUAAAUUUGAGAUUGUUUUACAUAAUAUUUUGUAGGCUGAGAGAUGGUAAUUAUACUUACCAUAGUCCUGUUACAGAGGAUUUUCAGUUGGUAAAAUCCCACAGCCUUUAAAUAUUUAUCAAGUCCUAUUAACGACCAACAGCUGCUGUGAUGAAUCACUUUAUUUUUUCUGAAGAGAUUCAGUGCAGCAGUUCUUGUUUGGUCAAUAUGACUUGCAGUACAUUAAAAUAUCUUUAAUCAAGUAACUGUAUGUGUUUGAAACCAAUUUUAUUUUUUUCAUGCAAAUAUUAUGCACAGAAAGUGUGAGCCACAUUUUAGGAAGACCUUAUCUUUUUUCUAUUUGACUUCUCCAUCUCUGAGGACUCUUAAUUGCAAAGCAUGUUAUUUCUGUCAAGAAAUUCAUUGCAGUGGGAUGCCAAGGAUGAUAUUUAGUUGUCAAUAUUGGUGACACUCUUGCAGGCAAUAUUUCUGGGUAUUACCUAUAAAUUGUACUGUAAGAAGUUCUUACAUGAAAUAUGACACAAUAUUUUAGGGUCUCUCCUUCAUAAAUUCCAUAUUGUGCAUCAGUACUCUAUAGAGUUGCAAUUGCUGCAGCUAAUUACAAACAGAAUGUGCUUCCAUGCUUAUUUAAUUAUUACAUAAAGUGUUUUCUUUGCCUGUCGCCACUGUACAUCAGACCUCUUGGGACAGAUUGGUCAAACUUUGUGGAUGUUUAUUCUUUUCAUUAGUUUUUCUUUUGUUCCUUUUAAAUAGGGUUGAAGCAAAAUAUUACAUAGUUUUUAGUGGUUGGAAGGGUCUGGUUUCUUUCAUAACAACAAAAUGCUCUGGGUUUCAUUUCCUUUUGAAGGGCUGUUGCAAAAUGGCCAUCCCAUGGCCACUUUGAGCAUAUGAGGUAACUUACACCAUCAGAUACUGUUUCCUUUUAGGAGUUAAUAGAGUUCAAGCAAGUAAUAUACUAACGAAAUCCCUCAGACCACUUGUCAUAACACCCUUUCCCCUCCUUUCAGCUAUCAUGAUUGUCUUCAGUCCAUAUUUUAGUCAAGUCACACAGGGUGAUAAAAAAAUGGUACUGAUUGUUAGCUGCUUAACAGUUGUGAGAACGUCCCAAGACCCCAGCAAGUUUCUGACAAGCAAUUUAUGUAAAACUCAUACUUGCAGGUAGCUUUUCUCCUCCUUUGAACAUCAACAACACCAAUAUCCACUGAUGAUAAAAGUACUGAUUCUUUUUAUGAGACCAUUUGGCUAUGUUUCAAAACUUGUCUUGUUUCAGUGAAAUCAUCUGAAGAUCUACAUUCCAUGUUACUGAGUACUUUGUCAUCAGUGAAGCAUACAGUUGUUGGAAAUUGGGAUUUUAUUUCUUGCAACCAUCAAUUGAAUAACAGCUAAAGAUGUGAAAUACCUAUUAAAAAACAUAUGGAUUUCAUUACUGAUUGUUCUGAUAGCCUCGAAACAGUGAAACCCCAAUAUCUAUGCCCCUGCCCCAUUCAGUUCCUUCAGGAAAUGUUUCUUUUUGUUGAUACACUUCAAACUCAAGGACAAGACUAAAAGGAAGUGCAAAAACAAAAUUAUUAAGUGCUUGUGGAUAUGAUUUUCCCCUGGCAAAUCGCUUCACUGGACAAACCCCUGUAUAAAUGGGAUCAUCUGUCACGAAUAAAACAAUACAGCACCCCCUAGACAGAUUCACAUAUCCCUUUCAUUAUCUUACACAUUAUAGGUCUGAACUUCCACAACCUGUCUUCCUUUAUCUGCUGACUGGUAACAAACAGGAUUAUCAUCGUCCACCUUCAGAUGGUUUAUAACAUGAAAAAUUUUAUUUGCAGACUUUAAGUGUAAGUGCAGAAACUUUUGUUGUUUUAGCCCAAUAAUUUUUAAUUCGGGAAUACUGCAGAUAAGACACAAGUACAUUUACCCUUAAGAGUGUUCAUAUUUCCUUGGAGAGUAUAUGUAGUGGCCUUCACACAUUUAAUGAAUAUGCUUCAUAGUUAUUAAUACAGUCAUUAUCAUGACAAAAUCUGCAUCAUAAUAUUGGCAGAGGUAGUCAUAAGCCUUCUAUCAUUCUCAAGCAUGUGAAGCAUCUGGCUUACUUGGCAGAGCAGUAGCUAAGGCAUCAUAUCUGAAAUUAGUUACUAUAUGGUGGCAAACUAGUGUUUCUUGUAAUCUAUAUUUUCUCGUUCAUUUCAUUGAUUAUGUUAGUAAUGUACUGUUGCCUUUCAUUUUAAUAAGAUUACAGGAAAAUAUUUUAUAACAUUAAUUAGUUGCAUAAAAAAAAGUGGUCAUUGACACAUCCAAAAUCUUCGUUAUAUUAAUGAUGUCAUAAAUGCUGUGAGAAAUGUGGAUGAAGCAGAAAGACAAAGGUGCACAGUCAAACUUUAAUAAUGUAGAAGUUAUAUGACAUAGCCUUUAUAAAAAUUAUAUUUAAUAUAAUAGGAAUUCAUUUUGUGUAGAAUACUUGAACUUGUGAUUUGCCUUUACUUUAACAGUAUUUUUUUGGUUUUGUAUUAGCAGCAAAUUAUUGUAAUUAUUUGUUGUUAUAAUAGAAACUUAAAUUGUGGAGAAAUGCCAGAAAAUACUGGUUUAAAUAACCAUUUAGGACUGUCUUAUGCAAGACUUGAUUUCUUGUUAUACUUGAGUGAAGGUCUUUUGAACUGAAACACAGUUUUCAAUAUUAAUAGCUGUAUAUUGUCUUAUAUUAAUUUAUUUAUUUCUUAUACUGUAUCAGAAAAUGUUAAUAAUUAGGGAGUUUAUGGCCUGAAAACCUGUCUGUAAAAACAGGUUUAUGCCCCGUCCUUGUUGUUGCAUGUUAUAAAUUACAAGUACUUAAAUUAUUUACUUGUUAUGGAAUGACUAUUGCAAAUAAAAUGCCACUAUUUUUUGAACCAAA